AUGACUUCGUCUUCAGAGCGUCCGAAUGGUAUUCCCACCAUCACGGUGGAGCAAGAGACUUCAUCGGAGGGACCCUUAUCCAAACCAGUGAAAACUCGGAAACGUGGCUUUAGUCUCCGAACGCAGCUCUUCAGCAAGAACGUUGUGCAGUCUGCCGAGAACUACCUAACGACUCCCGAGAUCGAGCUCAAACAGGUGGAUAAUUCUUAUCUCGCUGAUGAGCUCGACGUCUUUAGACAUGAUGAUUCAUCAGCAAAUCAAAACAACCUCUAUGGCAGCUCUGCGUCGCUCAAUCAGUCUGUGAUUGAUCUGAACGAUGAACCGCAAUACAAGUACAAUUAUACACAGCGAACGACGAGCAAAUAUCAUUUCAUCAAGGCCACCUUGAAUGCUCUCAUGGGAGUCUCCAAUGCUCCAGAGUCCAAGGGUGGCCGCCGUCUCCCGAUCACGGUCAACCUUAAACGAAGUGAAGAGCCAUCUAUAACCAAUAAGAAAGGAGAGGUGCUGCUGCUUGAUAACCGCACAAAUCAGCCCUACGUGAACAACGUCAUUACCUCAUCUAAAUACACCCUGUUGAGUUUUCUUCCCCGACAACUGAUUGCUCAAUUUUCCAAGCUGGCCAAUUGCUACUUCAUGACUGUGGCCAUAUUGCAGCUGAUACCCUCGUGGUCAACGACAGGUACUUCCACCACAAUCAUUCCCCUCUCUAUUUUCAUCUCGAUAUCUAUAUUGAGAGAAGGCUGGGACGAUCUGAGACGACAUAAACUGGACAAGGUCGAAAAUAACAAACCAGGUACAGUGCUCAAGAUGGGGACCUCCCACUAUUCGUCGCAUUACGUUUACAGCAAAAGUGCAACAUCUUUCUCGCGAUUGAGAUCGAGCACUCAGUUCUUUGAUACCGAUGAUUUAGACUCGCAAGACGAGAACAUGAUAUUCGACGAAAACUCCUUCGUUAACGAACAGCUUCUCAGCAAAGAGGGAAUUUCGACAAUACACACUAGAUGGAAGAACAUUAAAGUGGGAGACAUCGUGAAGAUUGAAUGUGAUGAAUGGGUGCCAGCGGACGUUGUUCUACUCACUUCAACAAACGACAUGGGAGAGACCCUGGUAGAGACUAUGGCUUUGGACGGAGAAACGAAUUUGAAGUCCAAGCUGCCAAAUCAGGAACUCCACAAAUUAGCCAACUCAAUAGAAGGGCUGCGCAAACUGAAAGCCAAUAUUCAUUGUGAAGAUCCAAACUCGGAUCUCUACAACUUUGAGGGAUCAUUGGACAUCGAAGACCCUGCAUCUCACGAAACUAGAAAAUUUGCAUUGGGCCCCGAAAAUAUCAUUUACAGAGGGUCCAUUAUCCGAAACACUGAUUCGUGUUUGGGGGUGGUUGUUUUUAGUGGUGAGGAAACGAAAAUCAGAAUGAACUCCAUCAAGAACCCCCGAAUCAAGGCACCGAAACUGCAAAGAUCAAUUAACUACAUAGUCGCGUUUAUGGUUUUUGUGGUUGCCUCGCUAUCUAUGUUUUCUUUUAUGGCCGAGAGAGUGUUUUACAACAGAUACGGAGACAAGAACUGGUACAUCAGAGGCGAAGAUGCUGGUAUUGCCCCAACAAUCAUGGGUUUCAUCAUCAUGUACAACACCCUUAUUCCUUUGUCUCUCUAUGUUACCAUGGAAAUCAUCAAGGCCGUUCAGAUGGUUCUUUUGCAGUGGGAUAUUGACAUGUACCAUCCGCAAUCGAACACUCCUGCUGAAGCGCGGACUGCCACUAUUCUAGAAGAGCUGGGCCAAGUUAGCUAUAUUUUUUCAGACAAAACUGGUACCCUGACCGAUAACGUUAUGAUUUUUCGCAAGUUUAGCGUAUGCGGUACGCCUUGGAUUCAUGAUAUGGAUCAGCCUGAUGCAAAGGAUCCGGAUACGGCCCAAGUUCCGCUUACAGUGGACUCUCAAGAUGGAGCUGCAGAUUCGAGCAAAAGCGUAAAUAAAGCAGGCACUACACCAUUUGCAGGUCGAUCAAGCAUGUCAUCCGUCAAUCCAAGUUUAGUAACUGCGCAGACUGCCAAAAUACAAAACUUAGAUUUCAAACCCAGCAUCAAGUCAUCUGCGGAACUCAUCAGGUAUUUGCAGACAAAUCCAAACACCAUAUAUGCCAAGCGUGUGACAUUCUUUCUUCUUUCUAUUGCAUUGUGUCACUCCUGUCUCCCGAAAAAAACCAAGACAGAUUCCGUUCCCGAGAUGGAUACUAUGGAAGGAUUCGAGGAUGAAAUGGAGUCCAUAGACUACCAGGCUUCUUCUCCUGAUGAACUGGCUCUAGUUCAGGCAGCCUGCGAGAUGGGUUUUGUUUUGUUCGAGAAGAAACAGAAAACUGUCACUCUCAAGCUGCACCCGCACGGAUUUGAUAAAGAGCCUGUGUUUGAAGACUAUGAAAUUCUUGAUGUGGUUGAAUUCUCCUCAAACAGAAAACGAAUGUCCGUGAUACUUAGACUCCCGGAUUCGAAGAUUGUUCUAUUCUGUAAGGGAGCAGACAAUGUCAUCAUGGAGAGACUGCGGAACUCCCAAGUGGCCUGUUCGAAACAACAAGAGUUUUCGCGGAGCGUGGCCGAUCGGAAACGGUAUGAGGCAGAACUGAUUUUACAGCGACGGUCGAUGGAUUCUGUCCGUUCUAGAGAGGGGCGGAGCUCGACUUCUUCAAUUCCAAGACCAAGUUUGAGUCUGUCUCGUUCUUCCGUGGAGGGCGUGUCACCUAUCCGCAUGGGUCAUGCAUCCAGAGCUAUAGACUCUGUUCUCUCGGAAGACUCCGAAAGACACGAACUUGAAGAGAUCAAGAGCAAAGCUAGAAGAUCUUUGCAGUUGAAACAGGCGGAAAAAUACAACCUGCGCGAAGAGGUGUCCUACAUUCCGUCAGAUAGACUUGUCGUUAACGAUGAAUACGUUCUAGAGAAGACAAUUGAACAUGUGGAGGACUUUUCAACGGAAGGCCUGAGAACUUUGCUUUACUCGUACCGUUAUCUCUCUGAAGAGGUUUAUUCAGAAUGGUCCCAAAAAUAUGGCAAGGCAAAGACCUCUCUGACAAACCGUGCUGAACUCGUUGAGAAAAUUGGCUGUCAGUUGGAAGAGAACUUGGAACUUUUGGGAGCCACUGCCAUAGAAGACAAACUGCAAAAGGGGGUCCCAGCUGCUAUUGAAAAGCUUAGACGAGCAGGAAUAAAGCUUUGGAUGCUAACGGGAGAUAAAAGGGAGACUGCUAUCAACAUUGGAUACUCUUGUCGACUGAUCAAGGACUAUUCGAAAGUGAUUGUUCUUUCUAAUGAUGAAGGGACGGAAAGGCUGUCUUCCAUGAUGACAGCUGCGGAGCUCGAAAUUGAAGAAGGAAACGUGGCUCAUUGUGUGGUGGUCGUUGAUGGAGGCACUUUGUCGGAUAUUGAAAUGGACAACACGUUGAUGACGGUGUUUAUUUCUCUCUGUAUGAAGUCGGACUCUGUUAUCUGUUGUCGUGCAUCUCCCUCGCAGAAAGCCAAAAUGGUGACAAGUGUUCGCAAUUUAAAUAAGUCAAAAGUGACUCUUGCCAUUGGAGAUGGUGCAAACGAUAUCGCCAUGAUUCAAAGCGCAGACGUUGGCGUUGGAAUUACCGGUAAGGAAGGCUUGCAGGCUGCGAGAACAUCGGAUUAUUCCAUCGCUCAAUUCCGGUACUUGCUAAAGCUCUUGCUGGUUCACGGUCGCUACAACUACAUCAGGACUUCCAAAUUUGUUCUCUGCACAUUCUACAAGGAACUGCUUUUCUACUUGACACAGCUACUGUACCAGAGAUACACGCUUUUUACUGGAACAUCAUUGUAUGAGUCGUGGUCUUUGUCGAUGUUCAAUACAUUGUUCACGUCUUUGCCAGUGUUGUGUAUUGGUAUGUUUGACAAGGACCUUCGGCCAUCGACUCUCAUUGCUGUUCCCGAGCUGUACGCGAAGGGACGAAACUACGAGUCGUUCAAUUUCAAAUUGUUCCUUUUCUGGUCCCUGCUGGCAGCUUCACAGAGCACAGCGCUGUGCUUCUGUUUGUGGAAUGUUUAUGGAUUUCCUGCAACGCUGGAUAACACAACCUAUCCGCUGGGAGUGGUGAUGUUCACUGUGCUGAUCGUCAUCAUCAAUGCAAAAUGUAACAUUAUCGAGAUGCACUCAAUCACCAAGCUUUCCGUGAUAUCUUUCUGUGUGUCUGUUUUUGGCUGGCUCUUGUGGUGCGUGCUGCUCGUUGGACUAUACAAAACGAAAGACAGCACCAUAUAUUAUGUUGCUCACGGGCUGUUCGAGCAUUUUGGUAAAGAUGUCACUUUCUGGGCCAGUAUUCUGGUGCUGAUUGUGGUCGGGCUUUCCGUGGAUAUGCUAUUUCACUUGGUUAAAGUCAGUUUGUGGCCUACCGACACCGAUACAUUCCAAGUGCUCGAGAAGAAUAACAAAUUACGCAAGCAGAUGGAAUUGAAUGCAUUUGACGAACUAGCGCAGAGCUGGACAUGGAUGCAUGAAUCGCAGCUAGUCGAACAGGACAUAGAAAACUACUCGAGCAUGAAAAAGGGACUCUAUCAUUUCCGGUCAUUGAUGAAAAAGGGUUCCAUUCAUCCUUCCAAACAAACCAGAAAACGGAAGCAGACUCUUGUGAACCCCACAGAAUUGCCCGCUGGGUCUCCAGCCAGCGUGACGAUCGCAUCAUUUGACCUUUCAGAUCAGGAGAUGCUGCCUAGCGGCAAGGUUAUUCGUCAUCGAGGCGACGAUCACGCUUUUGCACGCAUCUUUAAAAAACAGGGAGAAACAAGGGAUAUAGAAUCCAUUUUAGACGAAAGAGUGAGACACCUAGAAGAAUUGGAAAAAUAA